CGCUGGGAGCAGCUGCGGCGGCGGGCUGCGACGCCCUGGGCCCGCGGGCUCCUGGCCGCGGCCGCCGGGCUCGGGCUCCUGUACGCGGUGCUGCGGGUGCCGGUGCGGCUCCGGGACGGCCUGGCGGCCGUGACCAUGUUCUUAAGCACUUUGACUCCAAAAUUCUACUUUGCCCUUACAGUAACUUCAUCUUUUAUAUCUGGACUGAUAUUUGUGUUUGAGUGGUGGCACUUCCGAAAGUACGGCACGUCCUUCAUCGAGCAGGUUUCUGUGAGCCAUCUGAGGCCCCUCAUCGGGGGUGCAGAGAGCAGCCCCCCAGCCCCAGCAGCUUUCUCGGCGGGGGAGAGCGAGACCAGCAGGCAGAACAUGCCAGAGUGCAAAGUGUGGCGAAAUCCUCUCAAUCUUUUCAGAGGGGCAGAGUAUAGCAGGUACAUGUGGGUGACGGGGAAGGAGCCUCUUACUUACUAUGACAUGAAUUUGUCUGCUCAAGAUCAUCAGAGCUUUUUCACCUGUGACACGGAUGCCCUCCGGCCCUCAGACACAGUUAUGCAGAAAGCCUGGCGAGAGAGGAACCCGCAAGCCCGGAUUAAAGCAGCAUAUCAAGCUCUAGAGUUGAACAAUGAUUGUGCUACUGCAUAUGUCCUCCUGGCUGAGGAAGAAGCAACAACUAUUGUGGAUGCUGAGAAAUAUUUCAAGCAGGCUCUGAAAGCAGGAGAAAUGAUUUACAGAAAAUCUCAGAACUGCCAUUCCCAGAGCCCCCAGCAUGAAGCACAGCUGAGAAGAGACACCAAUGUACUGGUGUAUGUGAAAAGGAGACUAGCCAUGUGUGCCAGGAAACUUGGAAGAAUACGAGAAGCAGUAAAAAUGAUGAGAGAUUUGAUGAAAGAGUUUCCACUUCUCAGUAUGCUGAAUAUCCACGAAAACCUCCUAGAGGCCCUUCUGGAGUUACAGGCAUAUGCAGAUGUCCAGGCAGUUUUAGCCAAGUAUGAUGAUAUCAGUCUUCCCAAAUCAGCAGCAAUAUGUUACACAGCAGCUCUGCUAAAAGCCAGAGCUGUUUCAGAAAGGUGGGUUUUUCCCUUCAGGUUCUCCCCAGAAACUGCCUCCAGGAGAGGACUUAGUACAGCAGAAAUUAAUGCUGUGGAAGCAAUUCACAGAGCUGUGGAAUUUAACCCUCAUGUUCCAAAGUAUUUACUGGAAAUGAAAAGCCUGGUGCUGCCUCCAGAGCACAUUCUGAAGCGAGGGGACAGCGAGGCAGUAGCAUAUGCUUUUUUUCACCUCCAGCACUGGAAGAGGAUAGAAGGGGCUCUAAAUCUGCUGCACUGCACAUGGGAAGGCACAUUUAGGAUGAUCCCAUACCCAUUAGAGAAAGGACAUCUUUUCUAUCCCUACCCGAGCUGCACAGAAACAGCAGACAGAGAACUGUUGCCAACCAUGCUGGCCCUCCUUACCCACCAGUUCCCUGAGCUGAUGGUCGUUUUUGCAAAAGCUGUGCUGCGGGUGCUGUGGCCCGUGAGUGCUCCCAGCGUUCUGGCCUCCAGCUGAAUGGACUGCACCAGGUGCUUUGGGACUCUUCUUUCACCCUUCAUCUUCACUGUGGAGCACAUUGAGGACCUGCUGCUGUCCAGCCCCUGGCAUCAGCUGGCUAGUGUGACUGGCGUGUAUUUUCCACCAUAGUUUGAUUUUGUUCUUACGAGCCUCACUUGGGGGUUGGCUGACCCCCAGUUGUGGGAGCCAAGGAAGAAAUCUGGGCUCUUCAAACUGAUAUCCUUGACCAUCUUCCAUGCUGAUGGUGCUUAGCAUGUGAAUUUUCUUCCUUGGCCUUAAUCUGUAAUCAUCUAAGAAAAUAGUUCUUGUUGAGCAAUAGUUUAUUGCUCUCUAAAUCACUUGGACAACUGGAAGCUCAUACUUCCUCUGUAAGAAAGGAGAAUACACAAACUGAGCAGGUGUUUGGAGUACUGAUGCUUCCUUCUCAGCUGCAGAUGCGCCAGAUACUUGGCUUAGAUUUAAUUUCAUAAGCCUUUUUCAAAAUAUUUGUUAACAGCAAAGUAUGGUUCUGCUUUCUUUAUUAAAAGGUUGCUACUUAA